AUGGCUUCCUUCAAAUAUGAUUUAGUUCCUCUUCCAAAUGGUGCUUGCUUUGCAGGAGUGCUUUCAAUUGUUACAUUUAAUGCUGACUCCUAUGAUGGUGUUGUGAUUAAACUUAAGAGAACUGGAAACAAUGAAUGGUUUAAAAUUUUGUUUGAUCAAGAAUAUUCAUAUGAAUACUUUUUCAAGGCGCCUGAGAAUUUUGAGGAGAUCAAGUUUCCAUUCUCUGAUUUCAAACCAUACCACUGGGGUAAACGUGUAAACUCAACCCGUCCUCUUGAUUCCAAAGAUCUUCGUUUUGGAGUACAAAUUUUCGGAGGAUUUUACGAAGAUUAUAAGCAGUCUGGAAACGGUUCUCUUGAAGUUCAAUGGGUCAAAGCAUAUAAAAACUAA